AUGUACAAAAAGAGAGUGAAAAAAGUACUCAUAAAAUUUUUAACGGUGCAAAUUUUGAAUGAAAAAAGUACAAAGGGAAAAAACAGAGGGAAAAAGUACAUUGACUUUUUAUAUGAAAAUACUAAUUUUUUUAAAUAUGUUUACCUUAAAAUGAGAAGAACGCAUCAAUUUAAUUUUGCUGCAUAUAUUAAUUCUCAUUCCACCCCCUUUAAAUUGAACAAAAAAUUUUGUUCCAAUUUAAAGGGGGGUUAA